AUGGGUUGGAAUCCUUCCCAAGUGUAUUGCCUGCUUCUUCCCUCGCAGAAAAUCCCCAUCUCCGCUACUACAGGAAAAUGGAUCAUUGGGACUGUGUUGGUUAGCUGCGGACUAUUAGUAGCUUGUAUCACAGCAGCCAAAACCGUCAGAGGCACCCGAUUUUCACUCCCGACAGAAGGCCACUUGAUUUCCGCCGAAGAAGCUCGGCGCAGACUGUGGGCUUAUGGCGACAUUGAAGACUACCCUGAGUUGGGAUCCUGUUGUGUUCAUUACGGCACACUCGGGACUCCUCGUAUUGACACCUACAUCUACCCUGCCCGCCAGUCAUUAGGUAUCUGGGCAUUCUACGAUGUAUCCAGCGGCGUAAUGGUGGACGAUCAACCCGUGCCUACGUUGGUCCGUACCGUCUUGCGCGAGUUGAUGGGUUUGGACACAGUGAACACCCCUCCAGACGCCGCGUCAGUGAUUCGAGCCAUACAGCGUGGAUUCACGCGAGCUAAACACCAUCGUUUCGGCCCGGUGGUCGUCGAAGAGCCACGCCAUGUUCCGGCGUCAGACCCAGCUUGGCGAGACGCCUUGCUUUCAGUCUACUUCCAUCAGUCAAGGGUUUUUUAUGUGGCAGGGUCCGGCCACUCUCGCGCAGUAUGGGGGCGUCGCAGCAAGCGAAGGGGAAAGUCAUGGACGGCCACAGUACUUCCCGAAAAUCGAGACGCACUCGAUGUUGAGCAAAUGCCUGUCGGGUCUGCGCAUGCCAAAGUGUCCCUCGUCGAACGACUCAGACGGUUCCUCGGGAGCUUUGAGCCCUUCCAGGAUGCUGACGAGAUACCUGGACUUGACGACAUGUCCGAUGGUGAUGCGCAGAUGGGUCCCAUGGCCAAUUCAUCGCAACCCGCCUCUGAUCCACCGGUCACUUGGGUGCAGAUCAAGCCUAAGGAUGAAGAAUUCGUUGUGCUGGCCUCGAAGAGAGUUUGGGAGCAUUUGAGUUGUCGGGAAAUUGUGGCACUGGUGGGGCGAUGGAUAGAUGAGCGAGAGAACAUGGGGACUGAUCUCGGCCGGCAGGGGUGGACGCAAUACAUCUCUUCUGUGGGUGUGACAACGGUGUCCGGUCGUGCUGUGGCCGGGUGGAGAAGACCGCGUACAAAAGAUGAAUUAGUACUGGAAGACGCUAAUGUCGCAGCUCAUCUUAUUCGAAAUGCCCUCGGCGGGUGGCUGCAGACUCGACAUCGGGACGCUCUAUGGGCCAGAUUAUCUUCUAUAGGCAGGAAAUAUCCAGAUGACUGUCAUGUCACGGUCAUUCUGUUUGCUGGGAAUCUCGGUUUUUGA